AUGUUUGAAAAAUUACUACUUAUGAUUGAUAAAUGCCUUGUUAGCUCAUUGCACUGUCAAGUACAGAGUAAAAGACACAGAAGGAACCAUCUUAAAUUAGUCGUUUUUCUUUUAGCUCAGAAAGUUUGUACCGCCGACUGGGAUUAUAAGGGAGAAAAACUAAACGGACCAAAAGACUGGUCAAAAACUCAUCCCUUUUGUACUGGACUUCUUCAGUCGCCCAUUAAUAUUCACCCUAUACAAAUAUCACCUCCCAGUAGCGACAACAUCAUAUGGUUUGACAACUACUACAUGCAUCCCGCUGCGGGAGAAAGUUAUACCUUAAGCAACAAUGGACGAACGCUGAUGUUCGAGUUUCCCCGAGACACUCCGUAUUAUCUAAAAAAGGGUCAGAAUACAUUUGUACCACUGCAAGCACAUAUCCACUUUGGUUCGCAAUUUCACAAAGGAUCGGAACAUGGUUUAAAUGGAAAUUAUUUUCAGGCUGAGAUACACAUCGUCCAUCGAAAUAUGAAGUACAAUUCUACCAAACUUUUGCAUUACAGUGAUGGUUUACUUGUCAUCGGAGUGUUCGCUAAAUUGAGUGCAUUCGCAAGAUCAUCUCCUGUCAUCGCAGAGUUAGCUUAUUAUACUGAAGUCCUGACCCGACCAGGAAGUAGUGUGAAAAUUCCUGCAUUUCCUAUGAUGGCGUUUUUUCCAUGCGAUAGUUUGAAAUGCACACCUUAUGUCAACUAUCAGGGCUCGCUCACUACACCGCCAUGCGCUGAAAGCGUUGACUGGGUUGUGUUAACCAAGCAAGCUCAUCCGAUAAACCUUCGAGAUUUGCAAGCAAUGGAUAAAGUUCUGGAUUGCGGAAGGUUGCCAUUGUAUGGAAAUUAUCGACCGACACAAGCAACAAAUGGACGACAGUUAUAUGGAGUUAAUAUGUGACCACUUAAGUCGCUUGUAAUAUUUUAGUACUUGACUUUAUUCAAGCGGUUAUCCUGUGUUUUUAAUACAUGAAAUAUCCUGA